GUGUACAUGGACUACAACGCCACCACCCCCCUGGAGCCCGAGGUCAUCCAGGCCGUGGCUGAGGCCAUGCGGGACGCCUGGGGCAAUCCCAGCAGCCCCUACCCUGCAGGUCAGAAAGCCAAGGAGGUCAUCGCCACGGCGCGGGAGCAGCUGGCCACCAUGAUAGGCGGGACUCCGCAGGACAUCGUCUUCACGUCGGGGGGCACCGAGUCCAAUAACCUGGUCAUCCAGUCCAUGGUCAAGUGGUUCCAGGAAAGUCAUGCAUCCGGGGAGGCCCCAGCGGCCGCACCCCACUUCAUCACCUGCUCAGUGGAGCACGACUCUGUGCGCCUGCCCCUGGAGCGCCUGGCCAAGGAGGGCACAGCCGAGGUCACCUUCGUGCCGGUGUCCACGGCGAGCGGGCAGGCGGAGGCCGACGAUGUGCUGGCGGCCGUGCGCCCGGCCACCUGCCUGGUGAGCGUCAUGCUGGCCAACAACGAGACGGGCGUGAUCAUGCCUGUGCCCGAGAUCAGCCGGCGCGUCCAGGCCCUGAACCAGCGGCGCGUGGCCGCCGGGCUGCCGCGCGUCCUCGUGCACACGGAUGCCGCCCAGGCCCUGGGGAAGCGGCGCGUGGAUGUGGCGGACCUGGGCGUGGACUUCCUGACCAUCGUGGGCCACAAGUUCUAUGGCCCCAGGAUCGGGGCGCUGUUUGUCCGAGGACUCGGGGAACUCACCCCUCUGUACCCCAUGCUGUUCGGAGGUGGACAGGAGCACAGUUUCCGGCCAGGGACGGAGAACACCCCGAUGAUCGCCGGGCUCGGGAAGGACCAAGAUGCCUCUGGGGUCUCCCCCCUGCAUCUGGCCGCCCGCUUCGGACACCCGGUGCUGGUGGAGUGUCUGCUCCGGGAGGGUCACGCGGCCACCCUGCAGACCCUGGAGGGGGCCCUGCCGCUGCACCACGCUGCCGUCGGCGGGGACCUGACCUGCCUGAAGCUGCUGGUGGCGGCCCACGGCAGGUCCCUGCAGUGGCAGCGAGAGCGUCGGGCACCUGCUGACCAACCUGAACAGACGGUCCCUGUGCCUGUGCGCAUCCGGGGCCGGAGGCGGCGGGGGGGGAGGGGCGCCCUGGUCCGGGAGACGCCUCCCCCCGGCCACCCCCACCGCGAGCCUCUGGUCACCGCUGUUGGGAGCCACGGCCAGGGGACAGGGAUAGAGACGGAGGAGGAGACCCUGGAUGGCCUGGCCACGCUGCAGCUGGACCGGCUGCCCUCCGGCGACCUCGACGGGCUGGUGCCCACGCAGGAUGAACGUGGUCGGCCCAUCCCAGAGUGGAAGCGACAGGUGAUGGUGCGCAAUCUGCAGGCGCGCCUGGGAGCGGACCCCGACCCGGACGAGGUCCAGGCGGCGCCCAGCACGCCCGAGCAGCACCCGCCUCUGCCAGCCACACACAAGUCAGGAAGUGCAAGAGGAGCCGUCUUGGGCGGGGGCUGCAAGCAGGCACCGUGCGACCACCCAGUUCCGCUGGUCACAGCAGCGCAGCUGACCAGGAUGAGUGGCCGGUGCGCGCAGGCCACGCUGAGCCCCUGGGCAGCCUGGACACAGCCACCGGCCGGCUGCUGCGGGCUGAGGCUCGGGCUGACCACCAGUCAGGGCCCCCCAGGACUCCCUGAAGACCGCCCGGCUGGCCCUGCGGGCGCCGGAGGAGCGCAGCGGGCGCUGUCGAAGCACAAGCGGGCUCCGCCGGCCCCCGCCAGUCCACUCCGGGUACAGGAGGCCACAGCCUUCGGGGCUGCGAUCGCUGCACGCAAACGCCCCGCCACUGUGGACGAAGCCCCCAGUUUGCAAAUAACGGCCCCUCGCAAAGAAACAGACCGGCGCCACGGUCACGUGCGUCUCACCGAAGCCGUCGCCAAGGCGCCAGACCGCAGGCGGGACAGCGCUCCGCUCGAGUCCCGCCCGAGCUUCCCUUCCACGCAGGGCGCCCAGAGGGACGCGCACCUGCGCAUCCUCGCCGGGCCGUGGGGCCGGGCUCCGGAGCAAAGCUGCGGGCACAGCCACAACCCGAACCCGACGGCCGUGGCACACGAUGCCAGCAGCCGCCACGCAGCCGCCAAGUGGCACGGGGCGGAGGAGCCGUUCCGGGGGUCCCCGCCGAAAAGCGCUGGCCGAGAAGCGGGGAGCGCUGGGGCAGCCCUGCAGCGCACGAGCACGCCCUCCCGGCCUGCAGCUGCCCCCCAGGAAGCCAUGGAGGCACUGGGGGGGCUGCUGGCCCCGCGGGAGGCCGAGGGCACUGCGCAGGGAGCCGCCCCGGCCCCCGCCCCCGCCCCGCUGCAGGAAAGCAGCGUCCGGGCCCACGUGUCCCCCGUGAAGGCGGCGGCCAGCGCGGGCGCCUGGAGGGCCGCAACGCUGACCCAAGGCUGCAAGAACCAAGUCCCAGCUUCCCCCAGCUGGGGCACGGCCUCUGGGUCCAGCAGCCGCGGCCUGCCCGCGGGCCGUGUAGAUCCGAGCAGCGAGCCAGGAGGUCGAGUCGCGGCCUCAGACGCGGCCUCGAGCUGUCCCGGCGCUGGCCGCGGCGGGGCUGUCCACCCUCCAGGCCGGGGCGGCCCCGCGACGCACCCCAGGGCCGCCUGGACUGCCCGCGCGUGGUCACGGCCGCCCCCCACCCUGCCCCGCACGCAGGCUCCGGGCUCUGGUGGUGGGGCGCGGCCAUGGGCAGCAGUGGCCUUGGCGCAGGGACUGCAGCUCCCAGGAGGCCUCGCGGCGCCCCCUGGCCUGGCGCCUGGGAAGUUCUGA